CAGGGGUCUUUCCCAUAGUGCAGUACCGCUGUUGUACACCAGACGAGCUCAACCCUCUCGGCAGACCAUCACAGAGGUAAAAGGGUGGAGUCUCUCCGACAUUGUUGGUCGCGGUCCAAACUACAGGGGGAAAACACCAAAAACCGUUUUGAUCAGAAACGUGUGAUCGAAAUAAAGGUGGUCCCCAUCCUCUCUUCCAACGCGGACAGUGUUAGAUUCUUUGAAGAACUUGUUGAACAUCUUGCAGAAUGGGGGCGUACGAGGAGAAGAAGGAGACAUGUGGGACCAUCUGCCUGAAGUACCUGCUCUUCACCUUCAAUUUCCUCUUCUGGCUGGCCGGGGGGGCUGUGAUGGCAGUGGGCAUCUGGACAAUAGCGGAGAAGAGUGACUACAUCAGCCUGCUGUCCUCCAGGAUCUAUGCUAUCUCUGCCUACAUCCUCAUCGUGGCCGGCAUCAUUGUCAUGAUCACCGGAGUACUGGGAUGCUGUGCCACCUUCAAGGAACAGAAGGGGCUUCUGAGGCUGUACUUUGCUUUGCUGCUCUUUAUUUUCCUGCUUGAAGUCCUGGCUGGUGUCUUGGCCUACGUCUACUACCAGCAGCUGAACACAGAACUAAAGGAAAACCUGAAGGAGACCAUGACGCAGAAAUACAACGUGAAAGGCGAUGAGCACGUCACAGAGGCCGUGAAUAAACUACAACAAGAGUUCAAAUGCUGUGGCAGCAACAGUUCUUCAGACUGGGUUGAGAGCAAUUGGAUCAAGACAGGGGAGGCUGAGGGCCGAGUGGUGCCCGACAGCUGCUGCAAGACCAUCACUGAUAAAUGCGGCAAGAGAGACCACCCCUCAAAUAUCUACAAGGUUGAGGGUGGCUGUAUAACAAAGCUAGAAAACUUCAUCCUGGACCAUCUAAAGAUCAUAGGUGCUGUUGGAGUGGGCAUAGCAUGUGUCCAAGUCAUCGGAAUGAUAUUCACGUGCUGCCUGUACCGGAGCCUAAAGGCUGAGCCUUACUAACGUGGAAGUAUGCAGAAGAAAGUCUCACCGUACAGCAUUUCAGAUGAAAUGGUGACUUCAGUGAAAACAGACAAACAUAGAACUGCAUUGACUACUGAAGAUAGCUAUAAUGGCAUUGUAAUGGUGAUGCAUACCCUGUGUUUUGAGCCAAUAACAUGUUUCAAAUGUUUAUGAGCUAAAUGCACGCACUGCCGUUCAUCAUUUCAUGUCUAUUUAGAUGUAUAAAAGCAAAUCGAAGACACUACGUAGUUGUACACUGAGUAGAUGAUAUACUUUUGCUACAGUAUAUUGUACCAGGAUACUUGCUGAAACAGAACAGGUAUAGCCUUUAGUUGGUACAAUUGUUGAAUCAGAAACAGUUGUCUCAAGCGCACGCCAUCUUGUUUUGUUGAGAAAAAUGCAUUUCAUCUGAACUCUUAAUUCCUGUUACUAUGCAAACUAUACACUCUGAUUUUAAUCUUUUUGUUUUUCUUAUUGUGCUUUUUUGUUGUUUUAAUAUUUCCCCAAUCGGUACUGUGGAACUUUUUUAUAUCAAGAAUUGAACUGAAGUGCCAAACUGAUUUCACUGUCAGUUUUUGUAUGUCUUCAAGGGAUACCACCAGACCAAAGUCUUAAACGUUAUCAAGCCUUAACCUCGGUCAGUUUCUACAUCACGGUAGCAUAUUCUGUGCUUACUCCCCUGUAUGUUUUGUGUGUAUCGUGUUAUGUCAGCAGAUGUUUAGCAGAAAUGAAGUUUUACAUAUACGUUGAUUAUUACCUUAGAGCUGAUGUAAUGUAUUUAUCAUGAUAUGAUCCUGUAUUAAACUUUAAAUACAAGGCUG